AUGACACAUCAGCAAGAUAAUUCUCAGUUAAUCGGGUUACAUAAUGACCUGGAGAAGGCAUGCAGGUCGCUUUCAUAUUCAAAAAUAUUGUCUAUUGCCGACAAGGGUAAAUUUAACUCCCCUAAAGCCUCAUGAGUAGUGCUGGCUAGUUUUCCUGAUGAUGACUACGCUAACAAGUGCAAGGCUGUCGCGCUAGUUCACCUAGAACGCUUUGAAGACUGCUUAGACUUCAUCCGGAAAAAGAAAUUAAGGUAUGCGUACAUGACAAUUGUCACACCUCUUGAAGUGAUUGCGUAAUGGUGAAGGCCUAUUGUGAAUACCGUCUUAAUCACUUAAACGAUGCCUUGAAAACAAUAAAAGCCAGUGGUCUUGAGAAUCCUGGACUUCUUGAACUCCAAGCCCAGAUCGUAAGAACUUUGGUGGAAGUUUAUUUUUUCAGCUUUACCGAAAGGAAGAGUUUGAGAAUUCCUACGACUGCUAUAAGUCCUUAACGAAGACAUUUAAGGUGGGCUUUUGAGUCUUUUUGCAGAUUGGGGACCUUAGGACGACUACGAGGACGAAAGGUUUACCAACAUUCUGGCCACAGUUGCUGCCUUGUCUGAAAUGCAUCAGAAAACUCGGGUAACUUGCAGAGUCGAAACUUAUCGUUCGUAGUCCCUCGAAUACAAGCACGCAUUGUUCGAAACCGACUUUAACGCCGCGUGCUACCAUGUCGGUCGAAAAGAAUACUCAAAGGCUCUUAAAUUAUUAAAGAAAGCCGAAGGUGACAGUGUUAGCUUUUCUUAAUUACAUGUAGAUCUUUGCCGCGAUUCUUUUAAAAACGACCCGAAUACAACAGAAGACCAAAUCGACCAGGAAACAGCACCGAUACGGUAGAUUCUUUAUGCAUUGCUUGUGGCCUAGCUCAUGAUUACUCGGGUUUCGACUAAAAUAUUUUUAGUACAUUUCCUGCUGUUAGUUUGUUGAACUAUGGACUAUUCAAACUGCUUUAUUCUUCGGGACUCAGUCAUGUUUGGCGAAAUGUAGACACAUUCUCCGGAUAACUUAAGCCUCAAUAACUCAUAUCGACGAGGCGCCUACAACUGUCCUCAAACAGAGACACUAUGAACCAGCGGACGCCUGUCAAUUUUAGUUACGACGCAUAUGAGACUUGUAUUUUAUUUGCUAAUGUCUAGGUUGUAGUUGCAGAUCAAAUCUUUAUUAUCUUGCCUGCCACUUACCGGUGAAGGCCUCUUUACCUCGCUCUGCACGCAGAAUUGCGUCUGCAAUCGAAGUUUACUUUUGUGACUGCAAGUUUUGCUCAAGUUCGACACAGACUGCGUUUGCCUUCGUAGUUCAGCUAAAAGUUUCAGCACGAUGUUUUAACUGCUAGUUCGACCUUUACUCACCGGAUUCAGGAAUAAGGUCCGUCCCAAGUUUAAAAUACGACGCAGACUCGUUCUGUUGGGCGUCAAAAAAGUCUCAUCGGUAGCCCAGUUAAUUAAUUUCCUCCGUUGACCCGUUACUGCCUCAUUCUAAUGAGAUGUAGGACUGCUGUCCGGAUUAAAUAAGCUGGUCAGAUUUUUCCCUAAAAUUGUGUCGCCUUUGCAUCCACAUUGCAUUGUUGCAUUUCCUCUUUUUUCUAGCGUACAACGAGCGUUUGUAUUACAGUGCCAAAAGAAGGAAACGGAGGCUGCAGAAAUCUACCACACAAUAAUACGUCAAAAGUUCGUCCUCGUUUUGUCUCAUUUCCCUAGAAUUUCUUCUUGUUUCCGACCUUAAACCCUUCCCUGUUCUAAUGAAUGUGUUAAUUUUUAAAAAGCGAUAGAAUUACAUUAUAAGAAGUACACCGGAUAUCAUGGAGCACUAAUCGAAGCUCAUAAAGUUGUUUUCAACCGCACCAUUUCCCUUAUUUUAUCUACACUGGAAAAUAUCUUAACAAGUUACUGAAAUCACUGACGGGACUUCGCUUCAUUGGUGCGUCCGUCCCAUGGGCUACAUCUCAUCCGUUGAUAAUCUUUGUGGUACUUUCGUACAUACAUGUAUUUCAAGUAGCGGGUGUUGGCCGACCCCUUAGACCUGGCUACAGCGCCUAGUUGGACGGUAAUCCUUCAAGAUUAUGGAGUCAAACAUCUGAAGGGCAUAUUCAGUAUUACUCAAAAUAGAUCCCUCGAAAGACGCACUUUUCCACUUAGUGACCGAUGUACAAGUCGUCGUUAGUGCUUUUUUAAAGACGAAAAUCAAAUCUACUAUGGCCUCGUAGACCAGCCCUCUUCUUACUGACAAAUGUUUUGACUAUGCAAAACACUUAUAAAGGUUCUUCUUACUGUUCAAUCUGGCCUAUUGUUCCAUCAGUUUGCUUACGGGAUGAUGCUGAACAUAGCAGAAGUUUCCGUCGUCUUCUGGGAGUACGGCAAAUGCAGCUGCUGGCAGCCGACUGAAGUAACAAGACGCGGUAAAAAGAUAUAUACAACUUAAUAAGGAAUCAAAGUCAGUGCCAUGUUAAGCGUCCCACAGGAUUCAGCACUCACUUGCCUUGUCAGUUCUGGGCACACACCAAAUACUGGGAAUUUCCCGUUUUUUAUCACGAUCAGGUCAGGUGACCCCUCCCUCAUGGCAGUAGCUGCUAACAAUCUCAUCUGCAUCAACCGCGAGCAAAACGUCUUUGACACCAAGAAACGCAUCAAGGCCAUCUCGCUGGAGUCCUUGAAACACAAACUCUUCCGAUUCCAGCGCACCGCCAUGCUCUUCAACCAGGGUCUUUUCUACCUUCAGACUGGUCAGGUGCGUGUCUCUAUGCCAUUUUGUCACUUUUACUUUGUGGGAACACACAACCGUAGUACCUUACCCCGUCCUCUUAUAACUAGCUCGAAGCCUGUCGCGCCAAAGUGAAGGCCGUUUUGGAGGAAGAUCCGAACUGCGUGCCUGGUCUGCUGCUGCAUGCGAGCUACCUAACAAGGACGAAGCAAUUGUCCCAAGCCAUCAAGAUUCUGGAGGUGAGUGUGCACUGUUUGUCUUAUGUCGAACUGAACGUUUGAAGCAUUUUUUCCCGGAUAUGAAUUGAAAACAAGCAUGUACAGCAGAAUUUAUUGGGGCCAAUAAAUUUCGUGACGGCUUUUUAACUGCAGCCCGUCUCUGCAUAACAUAGGUAACGAAUGAAAGCGCACAGCAGUAUGAAUUUGUACAGAAUGGCAGUGCAUAAGAGCAAGGCCAAAGUUCAAAGCAAUCAAUAAUCAGAUAAGACGUCCACAUAAGCAUCAAAAAGGAAAAAAGGGAACGAAAUGUUAACAACAAAUCACAGGCAGGGGAAAAUAGAGGCGUGAGAUUACCAGGGCAAUUGCAGAUUGAUCACGUGAUCUAACUGCUUGCACAGGUCUGGUUUCUCCCUCCGUAUGUAGGCCGCUUCCAAAUAACGCAAGGUUCGAGUUGUACGUGCUCAGACAAGUACUCGAAAGGAUGCUUUAGGGUCGAAAACAUGACCGCUAUCUAACAGGUGUUUAGUUAUAGACGAACGGGGGGUUCUGUUUUCCUGUUUGAAAAGCCAAUUAGGCAAAUGCUCAACGGCCCUGGUUGCCAAUUGCCUUUGCGUUCGCCCAAUGUACUUGCAUCCGCAAGUGCAUGUGAAUUCAUACACACAAUUGGGGGUGGCGUGCAUUGGCAAGGCAUCCUUUGCCCGGUUAAUUGGAAGGCUUUUUGUGGAACUGAUGAAGAUAAGCUCUGCUGCGUUGUACGUUCUUUCUAUAGUGCAACGCAAGCGUCGCUUGAUUGUGUUUGAGACGUUGUCACCCUUAAAAGGUAGAACUGAACGUUGUAUUUUGCCGAUCUUAGUGCCAGUUUGCCAGCUACAAGACAGAGCCGCACAACAUAAGUCUUUGCGGGAAACAGGUCGCUCGGAAAAAAUCCAUAAAGAAGACUGGCUUGACAACUGUCACAUUGGUCCACAUUGGUCCCGCUGGUGAGCCUCGACAGCUUUUUAUUUUUAGAACGCAUAUCGAAAAAUCGGUCGGACACGGUGUGACAUCCCUGAUGUCAAUUUCUAUUCUUGUCUUUACUUUGCUACUAACCGUUUGCUAGUAACCAGAUUUUACGCACACCGCCCUGUCUUUGUCUUUGGAUCCCUAUUCGUCGGUUCUUGUCAUUCCUUGUUCAUUGUUCCCUGUCCAUUGCCUAUUGCUCUUUGUUGCCGCUCGCUUAUAAACCGACCACCACACCUUGGCGUCAUUCGCUGACUGCUCGUCUUAUCACCUCGAAUAACUUUUUGUGGUUGGUGUUCUUUAAACUCAGUGCUGUUUUAUUCACCUGAAUAGACGCACCCGAGGUCAGAGCUGUCAGAAGACACAAACAAUAACCGAGUUAUCCUGACUGUCUUCUGACAUAGCUCUGACCUCGGGUGCGUCUAUUCAGGUGAAUAAAACAGCACGGGGGUCCUUAUUCUCAUCCCAAACCGAAAAAUUCGACGUAAGACUGUCCAUCUCUAGACGGACGCAGUGUAUGAACUCUUUCUCCUCAGUUCCUUUUGUUUUUAGAUGUAUUUUCUCUGCCCAUACAAGAUAACGCGCUUUUCAAUCUUGUCAACACGCGGGCUCUCUUGCAUACUAGUCACGGGACUAUAACCAAACUGGACAGGUUUUAUCAGAGGAUAAGCUGCUCCUGAGAACAUGCGUGCCAGCAAGUGUGACUAUGUCUGGAAGAGUUGUUAACUAUCGGUAAUUAAACGGAAGCUUAGGAGUAUCCCAUUCAGGAUAGAUGACAGUUUUUCACCACCCCUAUUGUUCACUCUUCAAAGAGUCACGAUUGUUUGCGGCCUCUCUUGGGACCGUCAACUGGUCAUAAAACCGACUGUGUGUCUUGUAACUGAAAUCCCGAACGAGGGGGCUUUCACUCCCCAUUUCCGAAUCAAUGUUCAAUGUACCAGGUCACAGAGUUACAGUCAUCGUAUCAUUAACACCGCAUGCAUCAAAACUCCUCUCUUCAUGAUUUGUUUCUGGCAUGCCAACGCUGUUCACCCUUCGACAAACCCUUAUUUUUCUCUAGACCUAUUGUCAGUCUCCGGCUUACUGUGAGUCCGCCGCCUUCAAUGACCGUGAAGGACGUCUCCUGGUGCCUCUCUGUCUGCUUCAUCUGCAGCUUAUGCGAUUAAAUCCCAGAACCGCUACCGGCGCCACUGAGGCCUCCUCUCCCCUCCCACAGGGAACGACCCUCGCACUGUCUGAUGCCUUGUCUCUCUGCGACCAACUGCGGCAGCGCCUUCUGUCAGAGGGCCAGCACCUCCUGUGUGCGCCUGCCCUCGUCAGCCUGCGCGUGGCCUUAUGUCUCCAGGGCCUUCGGAAAUCCGGUGGUGGUAGUGGUGAUUCCGGCGAGGCCAUUUCAGCCGCCAAAGCCAUCAUUAGUGACGCCCUCAGCGGUAGCGGUGGUGAAGGCGCUAGUGCCGUAAGCUGCACUUGUGUCUUAUCAGUACUCAUGUAUUUUUCGACUGGGCUGGUCUCCACGGGGUUACUAUUACCUUUAUGGCACUCCCACUCAGUUAGGCUCCGAGCCACCCCCCUGUCCUGUUUAUGUGAAAUACUGGCUCAUUGCGCGUAGUCAGGCUGUUCAGCUCUGUCAGCUAUUGCGCCCGAUUCUGCCACGGAUCUUGGCCCUCUCAUGACACCCGGCCCAGGUGGGCGAUAGGAGAGAGUACGGCAGAUUCAGCUCUGUCAGCUAUUGCGCCCGAUUCUGUCUCGGAUCUUGGCCCCGCUCAUGACACCCGGCCCAGGUGGGCGAUAGGAGAGAGUACGGCAGAUGCAGUGAAAGUCUGCUAUCAUCAUGAAUUAAUUCACGCUCAAGUCACCGUCUCUGCGUCCACCCUGCAGUCUGGAACGACGGUCGAACUGUCGUACCGUUGUCGGCUUUUGGGGAAGCCUUUAAAGGGGGCUCAGAUCAAGCGUUCAGUUUGAAAGAAAGGCGAUCAUAGGUGCCAUUGAAGGGAACCUCUUAAGACUGCAUAAAUCCUACUCAUUGUGAUCUGCUAACUCUGGCUCGUUCAACCUUGUUAUAAGGCCUCUGACAUCGGUUUUGUGUGUCAUUUUAAAUUUAUUCAACAAGUUAAAAGACCGGGCCAUGCGAAUCUGAGAGUACUUUAUAACUGCACCUCAAACUAAUUGAACCGCAUUCACUACACUUACUAACUGCGAGUCCGGAGCCGGAUUCUGUCUAUUUUUGGCUAUUCAGCGAGUCCCUCAGUGCUCUCCAUGUGGCCUCUGCUCGUAACACACUCAUUUUUGUCCUUACAGGCCAAUGAUCCGGACUUAAAAGCCCGUCCUCGGAUCACACGUAGGUGGGAAUUGCUGCAAAGGUCGCUCAAAAAGGAAACCUUUGCAGCCUGAGCGUUAACGUGGAGGUAGCUAGUGUUACCAGUCAGUUGGAAACCUUUUAGUCCACGACUUUUAAGAUGUCUGUAUAAAGCCUGCCGAAUGUAUUCUAGCUCGGUAAGUUAAUGCUGUGACAAGUUAGUCUCCCUUCCGACGUGUCAGUCGUUAUCUACCCUAGUGGAUUCUCAGCCGAAAAACAAUGUGCCGCAAAGUCUCAUUGGUACUUUUUUCAUAUUUUAUGAUGUUUUUCGAAAGUUCGUCCAGUGUGUUCCUAACUUCUAUGUCUACUGCGCUUCCGUCAUUUCCUAUCGGCCCGACUUGGCAAAUCAAAGUGCAGAUAACCCGAACCUCUCGGUAAGCCACUACAAGCGACUAAACGACAACAGAGCAUGAGGAACCGGCACGUAGGCAAGUCAUGGUACUUAUAAGGUGUACUUACUUUCAAAUUCACCACACCCGGGAAAAAGUUAGUCAGUUGGCAGUGCACUUACGAGCGAACAUUAAGCCAUUUAGCACACCAGCGUCCCGCAAAACUAGAGAUGCACCUUCACCACACCCUUCGAUGUCCUCAGUUGGCCACGUUGAUCUCGUCUCCAGCGGAGGUCAGGCUCAGACGGACUGACAUCCUGGACGGUUUCACCAUCAAGUUGGUGCAACACGUGGCCAACCACCUCUGUCGGCGAGUUCGGGAAGCACAGUUAACCGAUUCUGCUCGUAAUAAACUUUGCGUCGGGCGUUAGGUAGAGAUCAGAGAGACUAAUCCGGAGUGUAAAGCUCAAGCACUGCUGAUUGUAUAGAUCCUGGUGAGUGAUAUCACUUGAACCUACAAGCUAUGUUUCAUGACAACGCAGGCCUCACGCGUUUCCUGCUUGGUCAGUAGGUUUCGAUGAGGUUGGUCAAAAGUGGCGUUCAAUGUCGCUCUUACGAGGCGAUUCCAUGACCACACUGUAUUUGUGCUGACGUUUCGGAAAGUUUCUUGUUUUCAUCAUCAGAGUGGUGAGGUGUUUAUUCCUGCUAGCCCAGACUUGUUCUGCAUCGCCGCCUGUCUCGUGUUAUAGACAUGCCUGACGCACGAACUCUGACCUGCCUGUUGGCGGGGGAUUGGUUUUGGUCUCUCUGUGGCCCACCGCUGGCGCACUCGUGUGAACUCUGUCCGCUGUCCGGCCGUCGUUGUUCCUGCUAGGUCUGUGUGUCCGUGGACCCUGUCUGGAGCCCCGUACGUAGUUCCUGGUAGGCCGGAUGAAGAUCAACGGCUCUGUUGAUGGUGCCAACUGAGGACCAACUUUCGAGCACCAGUCUGGUCAUCUUGCCGCUGGUUUGGUCGAUGAGGCUUGCUUCCCCAAGGGCGAAACUUUGCUUCUCCCGUUGUAUGUAAGCAUAUACCAGUGACAGCCUAUCCUCGCGGUUGACUGCAAGCUAGUACUCGUGAAAUCUUGCGCAGAGGCGUUUGCCCGUCUCACCAACAUACCUCGCACUGCAACUUUGACAAGGCAUGCUGUAGACGAGUACUGAUUGGUCCGUUGCCGGUAGCCGGUAUUUGGGUCUCAUUAUCUGGUGCCUGAUAGUGGAUUCCGGUUUAUGGGCCACCCCAAUCCCAAAAGGGCUCGGGCAACCCUUACGUCAUGAGCCAGUCGGAAACUUUCGCUUGAUAUCUGAUCUUUGCGGUGAUGCUUGGUAUGCUCCAGCACCUUCCUGGGAGAUACUUUGAAGUGUGUUCCCGUUCAGACUGGUUGGACUCGUACUUCAGACUUCGGACUGCUGACGCCUGCGUCAGUUCAACGAAGCGUUUACGGACAGUCAAACGACAGCCUCUGGUGGCAGAAGGACCAUUAAGACAGUCACCAUCGCAUUUCACUGCAGGUCACAUCUAUUCGACACCACGUACUCUGGGCCUUAACCGAGCCGUCACAGGGGCGUGUUCAGAUACAUGCUCGCUGGCGGUCGGCACGCAUUAUUCAGGAAUGUAGUAUCGAACUGGCCCAGCAUACUCCUUAUGUAGAAAUUUACAUUAGCUGGCUAGGGGUUUAGUUCAGGUCGACUUCAUAAGUCCUGCAUUAGUUCUUUAGAUUGAGGUUCAGGCAGAAAGACGAUGGUUACUGGGAGAGCUACUUCACAAAAGCCGUGUUUCAGUGUCAUCACCAAACUCCUCAACUUUUUUAGAUGAUAAUCAACUACUAGAUUUAGACCCUCCUCAACCUGCCAGCACUACCACCGUCGGCCCCUAGACUCAGGAGUUUGUUUUCGCAGUUAGCCAUCACUGAGAGUCGUCCCACUAUCAGCCACUUACGGAUGUGUCGGAUACACGAAAGUUCGGCCAUCGUUUCCGACGAUGCCUACCGUGUGCCCCACAGCUAGGUAGAGCAGGGACAGUGACUUGCGCGUGAAUUAGUUUAUAGUGAUAGUAGACUUGUGCCGCAUCUACCGCACUCUCUCCUUCUCUCUCACCUGGACCCGGUGUCAAGGCGUAGUCAAGAAGACCGGGAUGGGGGAGGGCGCACGUGGCUGGCACGGUCGAGUCCGCACCUUGGCGCUCCGCUCCAUACCCCAAAUAACCAGGUUUGUUUUUAACCAACAAUAAAAAUGGGUGGCUGGCGCGACCGAAGCUGCACUUAGGCGUGCCGUCACACCUGGCCCGGAUCCCACGGAGUGGGAGUGCCACAAAGGCCACAUUAAAAAAGAGCCAUUGUAGCCUGGCUCUCAGACCACCAGCCGGCCACUCCACACAACACACAAAACUGGACCGAUUGCGAGAUCCAAGUUAUCCCGUCAGUCGGCAACCUCCCAAGCCACGGCGUUUAGCGCACCGUGAUAGCUUUAAGCGCGUCGGGUUGUUCGUAGCGAGGAAAACGCGCUGAAUCGUCGACCUCACUCCCUCUUCCCAUUCCCAGGCCCCAGUCAUUAUCCGAGCCGGGCAGUUGACUGGUGCGGGGAAUGGGCACGAUGACUGACAUCUAGUGACCUUGUCUGCGCGCGCCACAUGCACGAUCUGGUCCCCCAGACGCAAGCACCAGGAUAACUAGUAGUUACACAAACAGGCGAGACCCUCUUCAUAGGGUAUCUGUCUUCGACUGUCCUACACGCCCUCCUCUCUUGUUGCGCUUUUGUCCUUCUUUCUCAACUUGGUACUAGCCUAAUUUUGUACAUUUCUUUUCCCUACCUCCAGAAGUCUGAAAACUUGCAGUUCCUUGACCAGUGCACGGCGUUUUUCUUGCGCUAUGGCUUUGCUGAGGAGGCAGCGAGCCUGCUAGAAAAGCGCAUGCAGCAGCUCGCCAAGGCCUCUGAUCCCGCGACCCUGCAGAAACGCCAGAACCUGCUUGCUCUCCUCAUCCAGGCCUACUCCAAAUUUGAUCACGCCAAGGCUGAGGCAGCUAGCCGCGAUCUAGAGUUCAAGGAGAAGCUGAGCGAGAAGGAAAUCGACUCCCUGGAGAACUCCUUCCUCGUCGGCGUGAAGAGCGUCAAGAAGGCCAGCCGUGCGGCUGCAGCUGGCGGCACUCCGAAAACGUAAGCCUCUCAUCCCCUCCCCCCGACGAAUAACCACAAACAUGUUACUUUUAUUAUUUCAGUAGAACAGUUACAAUGAUUUUUAUAAUGCCUCUUUCGACAGCGCCGUCGUUGCGGCGAAGGAGACUCCUAUGCAAAAGACUCCCGCCAGUGGCUCAAAGAAGGCACAACAGAAGAAGAAACGAAAAGUUCGUCUGCCGAAGAACUUUGAUCCCAAUAUCCCACCCGAUCCGGAGCGCUGGCUGCCCAGACGAGAGAGAACCGGCUACCGCGGCAAGAGGCGGGAUAAGCGCGGUGCUAAUCUUCUCCGCGGACCGCAAGGUCAAACGGUGGCCGCACCGGAGCUGUGAGUUUAUUUGAUCUUGCGGAUUCUUGUACUUACUUGCUUGUACUUGAUAUAGCUGUGGUCAUGCCUAACCUGGCCGUACCCGCUGAUGUCGCAAAUCCUACAUCUCAACGCAUGGCGAUCUGCGGCAACGGAUCUAGGGACUCGACUCAUUCUCUCCUUUAGCGAUAGAGACCGAAUACCAAAGGUCCAGGGACUAUGUCCGUGUCAUACCCGAAUGUGUUGGCUCAAGUGUUGGGUUGACACCCUCUUGGGUGCCACCAGUUGGGAAACGACACCGCGUCGAGGACAUGAGACGCACGUUUUCCUUCUUGGGUGGUUUAAUAUUUCCUCACAAUGCUGUUACAGCGAGCGCGAGCUGUCUCGUCUGGUACGAAGUCGGUGUACUUUGUUCGAAGGACACUUCUGAGGCAGUGGUGAUAAAACACUCAAAUUUUCAGUCUUUCUCGCUCACAGCCCAGCAUUCACGGCUGUAUGAGCGGACUGACUGAAUAGAUGCCGGGUACACGCAGAUCUUUGUAGCGACGACGACAACGACGAUAUCGCAUCUGGGGAUUGGGAAUACCUUGCGAGUAGCAUCGAUUCGCGAGACACUGUCGUCCUUGCUGUUCAUUUGGCAGUAGCCUGGUUUUGAGAUGUUAGCUGUCCUCUUCUUCAAGUCGACAACCCCCAGAGGUGCGUCCUCCUGUUCAGAGACGCAGCUGGAAAGGGCUUUGAUCUUUCCAACGUAAUAUCAUUCUACGACCAAUUUAGUUGCCUCAUUCGUCAAUGAUACCUCAUUCUGUAGGACAUGAAGGGUCGACCCUCGUGACCGGCGAUGCCCACCAUGUGCUCUACAGCAGGGUGAGUGCAGACACAGUGGUGUGUGUGUGAAUUAUUUAUAGUGGAAGUAGACUUGCACAUCAUCUAUUACCCUCUUCUUCCCCACCUGGGCCCGGUGUCAAGACAUAGUCAUGAAGAACACGGAGGCGGGAGAGGGCGCAGGUGGCUGACAGGGCCGGAUCCGCACCUAGGCGUACGACCACACCUGGUCCACAAAAAACACGACCAGGAUGUUAACUAACAUCAACAAUUGGGAGGGUGGGGGGGGGGUGCGGCAGGUGUGUCCCAGUGUCCGCGGCGUGAGCCGACAACUGGGCCUGCUACCGCACCCCAAACGUUAUGGGCGUGCAUCCCCGUUUUUGCUGGUAUCUGCGACUGUCUGAUGAUGGAUUCGAGUGAAAAUCCGAAACGUCAGGCCAAUAAAUUUCGUGUUCCACUGAUCGCAUCUUCGUCUUCUGAAUGAAGAUAAUACUCUCAAAUAUUCUACUAAAACUAGAGGUCACCUGGAGAACUUUUGAAGUGGUGGGUCCGGCCUCCGGUCUUCAGAGACCGAAGAUUGCCGUUAACAGUCUUUUGUUUCAUUUACUGUGCUCCUCCGUGACGACUUUGAGUCAUUUGCCAUUGUUCAAUCGUAAUCACAGUUGCCAUCAUUCUGAUCACCUGUGGAGAUGGCUGAUGGGUCAGAGUGCCGCACAGCUUGUCCAGCUUCCUCGUGACUCCGCUCUCCGUCACUUAGUGACGCAGAGCCGCGUAGACCGGGGUUAAAUCGAUGCUACGGUUGUUUGAUAGCAGCAGAUCUUGCGACCGUCCUAUCGUUGGGUCGUUGUCCCGACCCGCCACCGGGAGUGCAAGACACAGGAGUUCUGAGUUCGGCUAGGUUUCCAUCUGUAACUGGCUCUAACUCCCGCACCGCCAGUUGUUAUUGGUGCAUCCACAUCUGCAGCUGUCGACCGGUUCUUCCGCUGAAGUUUCUGGAUUAUGACCACCUCUUCCCAGUUCGAGCCGGAGCUUCUUCGACUUGUCACCUCUCGACGCCACCCCAAGUCAGGCCGAUGACCGACCCCCUACUCCGAGUUUCAGAAGAUGUUGCUAAAAUCUUCGAGAUAUCUUUUAUCUUUGGAAGUCCCUACUAUGGCCUGAGUUGGUUGGUUUUCUCUUUUCCGCCCUUCACGAGAUGUUUAGAAAAGCCUGCGGGUAUUGCCUCGUGAGUUUGAUGAAAUCCGAGUUCAUGAUCGGCCGUCCGUCCCACCACGUAUUUCGGACAAGAAAGUAGAAGCUACGCAGAGCAUGCAAUGCUAGAGUCUGCCAAUCAUUCCUACGAACAAAGAUUAUGAAAAUAUGCCGCUUUAAGACGACAGUUCGUUGUGAAGGACGAAUGCCACCACUGCUCGGGGCUGCAGUGAGCAUUUGCGCUGGAGUUGGGUUAUAAGAAGGGGAACCUAAGUAGCGUUUACGCUAGUUUUCUGGUUUAUGACUUACAGAUACAUAACCCACUCCUCUCCGACUCCCCAAUUCAUCCCUGCGUGUCUACAGGCAGUUUGACCGUUGAUUCCGAUAUUGUCCACCGUGUGCCCCACAGCGGGGUGGAUGCAGGAACAGUGACUUGCACGCGAAUUAGUCUAUAAUGACAGUAGACUUGCGAUUAAUUUACCAAGCCAUCCUGCUCAUCCACCUGAGCCCCGUGUCAUGACAGGGUCAAGAAGACCGGAGGUGAGAGAGGGUGUAGGUGGCUGGCGCGGCCGAAGCCGCCCCAGGCGUGCCGCCACAGCCAGCCCGGAUCCCACGGAGUGGCAGUGCCAUAAAGGCCACAUUAUGAAGGAGCCAUUGUAUCGCCACUGCACUCUCUCUUCCCUCAUGAAGACCGGGCGCGGUGUCGAGACAGAGUUACGGAGACCGGGGGGAGGGCGGCGGAAUCGGUGGCAGGUGACUGUCGAUGCAUGAGCCUGCACUUAGGGGUCCCAGCCUAUUAGACCUCCUGCAGAAACCGCGCUCUCCAAAAAAUGACUACUUAAGUAGCAUGGGUUUUUCGUAUUGAUUUUCGAUGGUCUUAUAAAUUCAAAUAUAUUUUAUAGAAAACGUACACAAGGAUAUGCCUUCUUCUACUUGUUCGGUGGAACACCACACUGUCUUCAUAUUUUAUACCCGAAGAAAGUGUGUAUUUAGGUUUUAAAAAAGCUCCCCAAUUCCCGAAUAAUUUUCAGUCUGAUCUGCCAUUGCAUCAGCGUUUAGCAAUUUGAGUCUACACGGUGCAUGCUUUCCGCGUAAGGAAAACCAUAUAUUCCUCUAUGCCUUUAAGAAGAUACCAUGUAGAGUUCAUAAAAUCUUGCAAUGGAUUCGGACUGUGUUGCACAUUUCAUGAGAAGCCUUGGUAAACGGAUGUGUGUAAUGUUGUAUAUACGGACAUCGCACGGUCUUAAAAAUCUCAUAAUUAGAAACUUUUUUAAAACCUAAGUAUACACUUUCUUCGGGUAUAAAAUACAAAGACAGUGUGGUGUUCCACCGAACAAGUAGAAGAAGGCAUAUCCUUGUGUACGUUUUCUAUAAAAUAUAUUUGAAUUUAUAAGACCAUCGAAAAUCAAUACGAAAAACCCAUGCUACUUAAGUAGUCAUUUUUUGGAGAGCGCGGUUUCUGCAGGAGGUCUAAAAGGCGCGCAUCCAAAAGCCGACGCCCUGAUGAGUCCGAAAUGCAAUAGGAUUGUGCUACAUGCUAAUCAAUAUUACAACGCCACCUAAGUAAUCCUUCCUAAUCGAAAACACAUUUCAGAAUUUCGGCCAACAUGUCAUGAGAUCGGUCACGCACUGUAGGUGUGCCAGCCCACCUCAUACGUGACAUUUGUCAUGGGUGCGCAUCCUUACUCACGCCUGCCAUACCUUGAUCUAGUUCCUGUGUUGGUCCAGCGCAUCUACAGCGUGGCCCGUGUUGGGGGCACUGCGCGUUUACCACUUAAUUGCUCGUCACAUUGCCUGUGCCCCGGAGCUGACAUGAGCGUUUUCUGUUAGUCCGAAGGAAUUAUAGUUUGUACUUUCUUGUAUCGCACCUGGAGCCAGGUCGUGCGCGGCACGCGUAGACAGGCGGUCUAGCCUUGUCAGCCACUGCGUCUGUGUCUAUCCCCGGUCAUCUUGACCCUGUCUCGCCACGGGAGCAAGGUGGGUAGGGGAAAGACUGCAGUAGACGCUCUGCAAGCCCGCAACACCCUUGCUAGAUCCGCCUCGUGAGGCAGCUGUGUAGGCCGUUGCUCGCGGGGGGGAGUGGAACUGUCAUUUUUCGCCCUAACUUUGUCACACACACGACGCAUCUUAUCAGGCAAUCGUUGUUUCUUUUUCUGUAACCCGUUUUUCCGCUCUUUUAGCGACAUGGGCAACCCGAGUCCUCGAGAAGCUCCAAUUUCCACCUCGCCACGCACAGAGACGACGAACAGUGGUGGGCAGACUGCCAGCCGACGUCCACAGCCAUCUGCCAAAUCUAACCAAAAGCGAGGGCACAAAAAGAAGCGAUAA